AUUGUUGCAAAAUAAACCUGAGACUUGUCGAGCUGCCUGUGAUGGUUCUCUGAAUUCGAUCGGGAACGGUGGCCGAACUAUUCUUCAGUCUGAGGAUAAAAUACAGUUCAACAACUAUUGGAUAUGUUUUGUCGUUAUCUACUAGACCGCGUGGCAUACAUUGUUCAUCCAACUAGUGGUAGGCAAUACAUUUUACAGUAUACCGUAUUGUAGCCUAUACAGUAGUCUUUGUUUUGCAUUAGAGGCGAGACCAGAAAAUUGUCACUCUUUCCCAGAAUAUUUAUUACACAUUAAUAACAUUAUCAUUACUUACACAAUAGUAACACUAUCUUCACUUACACAUUAGCAACACUAUCAUUGCAAAAUAAGAAAUGGAUGAAUCAAACGGUUCUUCAAAAAGGACUAUUCUGUGUUUAUUUGACGUGGACGGCACUCUUACCCCACCGAGAGAGAAAAUUGACCCGAAGCUGGAUGAGUUUUUCCAGUCUCUGCGCAGGAAAGUGAAGAUCGGCAUAGUGGGUGGAUCAGACUACUCAAAGAUCGCAGAACAGCUGGGGGAGGGAGAUGAAGUGAUACAGAAGUUUGACUAUGUGUUUGCUGAGAACGGCACGGUGCAGUACAAAGACGGGAAGCUCCUUUCCAAACAGGUGGGUGUCACUGAGGCUAUCCAGAACCAGAUAGGAGAGGAACUACUGCAGGACCUCAUUAACUUCUGUCUCAGCUACAUGGGGCUGAUCAAGCUUCCCAAGAAAAGGGGCACCUUUAUCGAAUUCCGCAACGGAAUGCUGAACAUCUCCCCCAUUGGCCGGAGCUGCACACUUGAGGAGCGAAUCGAAUUCUCUGAAAUUGACAAGAGAGAGAAAGUCCGGGAGAAGUUUGUUGCGGCCCUGCAGGAGAAGUUUGCUGGGAAGGGUCUACGAUUUACUAGAGGUGGUCUCAUCAGUUUUGACGUGUUCCCUGAAGGCUGGGACAAGAGGCUCUGUCUGGAUGUGCUGGAGGGGGAGGGCCUGGACGCUAUCUACUUCUUUGGCAACGAGACGUCAUCGGGGGGAAACGACUAUGAGAUCUUCAAUGACCCGCGCACCAUUGGUUUCACAGUAUACUCACCAGAGGACACAGCCAGGCACUGUCGAGAGAUUUUCUUCAAAGCUCCCACCAAUGAGUCGUGAUAAAUCGUGCAGCAGGCACUCUCACAGUCAGCUUCCCCUGGGUUCCCCAUGUUGUUGAGGGCAGUUACUAAGAGCACCUGAAGGAGAAGAGGUGGAAAUGGGAGGUAAACCACUACAGAUUUGUAAUCAAUGUGUUGUUGUUGUAUAAUAUUAUUCUAACUAGCACUGACAUAUAAAGGGAUCAUCAGUAAUUCACAUUGGCUGGACUCCCAUGGAAAGUACUAUGAGAUGUGGACACAUCUGCUUUUUUAAAGAGAUGGUAGCUCAAACAAUGUGAGGAAUUGUACUAAUGUUUUCAGUUUUUUAUCAUGACUAAGUGUUUCUCUAAGGUUUUAAUGUAAUAUCUGAUUAUUUAACAUCUUUCAACCCAAUGGUUUUUGUAGCGUGUCCCUGUAUUUGUAUGUAACAUCAAAUUAACCAUAAUGUCUUAUAGGCCCUCCUGUAAGACAAUCCUCUUGUGAAUAUCAUGUGAAGAUGUAUAUACAUUUUGAGUAUAUAAUGUAAAUACCCACUUAUGUUUUGCACUAAUAUUGAUACAGUUAUCUGACAAACUGG